AAUAAUAUUAUGUUUCCCAAUAAAGAUGGCAAAACGGUACAUUUUCCCCAGCCAGAACCGGAUUUUCUAUCAUUGCCCAGUCAAACGGAGCGUAGUUUAAGUUUAACUUCUCAAGCUUUAAGCGAUGUGCCCAGUGAUUUGAUCAUAAGAUCUCGCAUAAAAUAUGGCAGCAGAUGGUCAGCCUGUAAGGGUUUAUUGGCUGAAUACUCCAAGAGUACAUCGGUUCAUGGUUUACGUUAUAUAUUUGAAGUUCAUCGGCCAUUUUAUGAAAAGCUUUAUUGGAUUGUAUUGAUGUUAAUAUCAUUCUAUUUCGCCAUUUCCUUAAUGUGGGAUACCUAUUUGAAAUGGUUGGAUUCACCUGUAAUCUUGGGUUUUGAUGAGACACUAGUGCCGGUUAAUAAAAUACCAUUUCCCACCAUAACAAUUUGUCCGGAAAUUAAAAUGGAUACCACCACAUUUGACUUUACCAAUGUGUCACAACAAAUUUGGUCUGAAAUUGAGCAAAACCAUAAAUUUGAAAAUUUAAUCAAUUUAACCGAGGAAGAAUUACAACAUUUUGCUGCCACUUUACAAAUUUGUGAAAGUGAUGUUAUCGAUCGUUUUGCCUCUCAUGUACCUAAAGAUAUGCAUGUGGAUGUGGCUCAGGCUUUGGUAGAAAUGGCCUUGACCCCGAAUACUACGCUGCCAUUUUGUAAAUGGAAUGGUCGCUUUUAUUUUUGUGAUAAAUUAUUUAAAUAUGUUAUGACCGAUGAAGGUGUAUGUUAUCAAUUUAAUGGUCUACAAGCUGAAGAUAUAUACAGAGAUCCUAACUUUAUAAGUUAUUCGGAUAAGACUCUUAUUGACUACAACAAUUACUUUGACGAGGAAUUGCCUAAAUUUAAUAAUAUCUCGGGCAAUUGGUCUUUAGAUGAUGGCUAUGUGGAUCAGGGUUUUAAUGCUUAUCCCCAGAGAACUGUAUUGUCAUCGGCCCGCAAUGGUUUGUUUGCCUUUAUGAUUGGUUUUGAACAUAAUUUCGAUUAUACCUGUCGCACUUUUAAACAGGGUUAUAAGGUAUUCCUAAAUUCACCCGAAAGUGUACCCUUAACAUCGGGAAACUAUAUUUUAGUACCACACGAUGAAGAAGUUUUAGUAUCGAUUAUACCACAAUAUGUUAUAUCUACAGAUAAUUUACAUGACUUUGGUCCCGAAAAGCGCCAGUGUUAUUUCAAUGAUGAACGUUAUUUGCGCUACUUCAAAUCGUAUUCCCAAAGUAAUUGUCAAACGGAGUGUUUGGCUAAUUAUACAAUAAAUAAAUGUGGCUGUGCUAAAUUUUGGAUGCCUAAACCCUUGGACACCCCGGUCUGUAGCCUGGCGCAAGUUGAUUGCUAUAGUCAUGCUGCUGAUGAAAUGAAUAUCAUAAUUGCCAAUCAAACUAAACAGAAACUUAUCAAUUCAAAUGUGAAAAUAAUGUGUGAUUGUAUGCCUUCGUGCAAUUCGUUGGAUUAUAAUUUUGAAAUAUCACGAGCCCAUUAUGAUUUUGAGAAAACAGUUAUUGCCCAAAGAGAUUCAUAUGAACACGAUGAUGGUCGUGCUUCACGUUUUUCAGUUUAUUUCAAAGAACCCCAAUUUACCGCUAUUAAACGUACCGUGAUGUUUGGUGUUACUACUUUAAUAGCAAAUUGUGGUGGCAUUUUUGGUCUUUUCAUGGGCAUUUCGAGUUUAAGUAUUAUUGAAUUUAUUUAUUUCUUUUCGGUACGUUUGUUUAACAAUUUAAGAAAGAGACAUUUUAUCAAGAAGAAAUUGAUGGAAACCGAUUUGGAAGAACUUUAAGAAAUAAACUUAAUGUUAUUGAUAUAUUUAACAAGUGAUAUGAUAUUUUAACUUUAGAAAAUAAAUUGAAUAUAGAUAAUGUAUUCAGAAGAUUGCACACAUUCGGUUAGCCCACAGUUUAAACUAAUUAAAAAACCAUUUGUUGUUGUUUUUUUUUAAUAACUUGUUUUAUCAAUAUAAUUAUUUACAAGGAUGGCAUUUUUUUGUUUAUUUUGUUACAUUCACAAAGUCUUUUUUCUUUCUUUUCUUUGUAAACAAUUUUCCAAAUCCUUAAACAAUUCAAAGGUUAAUAAUUUUUGU